AUGGAGAGGAAGAUGAGCGAAAGGAAUUGCAGCAUCUCCAACGAGCUCCGCCUGGAAGGGAGAUUCUGUGAUGUGAUCAUAAGCGUGGAUGGGGUGGAAUUCAAGGCUCACAAGCUCAUCCUCUCUUGUUGCAGUGUCUACUUCAGGACUCUGUUCACCAACUGGGACAGCGCAGACAAGAUGGUCUAUCAAAUCCCUGGUGUUUCAGCUGAAAUGAUGGGUCUCAUCAUCAAUUACGCCUACACCGGGACAGUACCGAUCACGGAGGACAACGUUGAGAAUUUGCUGGCUGCAGCAGACCAGUUCAAUGUCAUGGGCAUCGUCAACCUGUGCUGCGAGUUCCUCAGUUCCAGGCUGUGCUUUGAGAACUGCAUUGGCAUCUGCAGGCUCACCGACUACUACCACUGCCCCGACCUGCGCGCAGCCGCCUGCGUGUACAUCCUGCAUCACUUCGAGGAGGUGUCCCAGGUGUCUGAGGAGUUCCUAGACCUCUCUGCUGAGGAGCUGGCACACAUCAUCGAGAAGGACGAGCUCAACGUGAAGCGAGAAGAAGCCGUGUUCGAGGCUGUGCUGAGGUGGAUCGCUCACGAUCCGCAGAGCAGGAGGCACUACAUCGCCUGCUUGCUGGGCAAGGUUCGACUGGCACUCCUACAGUCCGACUACUUCAUGAACAACGUCAAAGCUCACGAGUACGUGAAGGACAACGCCGAGUGCAAAGAUCUCAUCAUCAGUGCCCUGUCGGAAAUCUACGACCUGAACUCGUACGGCCAGAGCUCCUCGGCCAACGCCAACCCACUCACCCGGCCGCGCCUGCCCUACGCCAUCCUCUUUGCCAUCGGGGGCUGGAGCGGGGGCGGCGCCACCAGCGCCAUCGAGACCUACGACGGCCGCACCGACAAGUGGCUGAACAUCCCCUGGGAGCAAGAGAGCCCCGUCGCCUACCACGGUUCGGCGUAUCUGAAGGGCCACGUCUACGUCAUCGGCGGGUUCGAUGGCACAGACUAUUUCAACAUCGUCAAGCGGUUCGACCCGCUCCAGAAGACGUGGCAGCAGGUGGCACCCAUGCACUCGCGGCGCUGCUACGUCAGCGUCACCGUCGUGGACAACUUCAUCUACGCCAUGGGAGGGUUUGACGGGUACAUCCGGCUCAACACGGCGGAGCGCUACGACCCGGACACCAACCAGUGGACCCUGAUCGCCCCCAUGCACGAGCAGAGGAGCGACGCCAACGCCACCACGCUGAACGGAAAGGUGUACAUCUGUGGUGGGUUUGAUGGCGAUCAGUGCCUGAGCUCAGCUGAAGUGUUCGACCCCGCCACAAACCAGUGGUCCCUGAUCGCCCCGAUGAGCAGCAGGAGGAGCGGGGUUGGGGUGAUGGCGUACGGGAACCAGGUGUACGCGGUCGGAGGGUUUGAUGGGAACAGCCGGCUCCAGAGCGUGGAAGCGUAUAACCCCGUCGCCAACGCCUGGCACGCCGUGCCCUCCAUGCUAAACCCACGCAGCAACUUCGGCAUCGAGGUGAUGGACGGGCUGCUGUUCGUGGUCGGGGGCUUUAACGGGUUCAGCACCACCGUGGCUGCCGAGUGCUACGAGGAGGACACCAACGAGUGGUACGACGCCCACAGCAUGGGCAUCACCCGCAGCGCCGUCAGCUGCUGCGUGGUGCCAGGGCUCUCCAACGUCAUGGAGUACAUCGCCAGGCAGCACUACUACCGGCACAACACCUCCAUGGACAUCUUGUUCAGCACUUCGACUCGGAGCUCGCCGUUGUAAAUAGUUCCCCUUAGCUAAGUCUCGUGAUUGGCCAUCACUGGAUGCUCCUGUAAAUAGUCCUGCUUAGCUAAUAAAAGUCUUCUGAGCAUCCC